AGAAAGUAUACAGGAAACACUUGUCCGCGUUUGUAAGGCCUCAAAUACUGGCUGACUACAAGUUUCUGGCUUCAAGCAUGCUCCACGAAUGUGAACUUUAAUGAACUGUGUUGGUUAAAGGAGAGCUUCAGAAAGAGCAGUAGACAUGCUGAAGGAGCUUCAGUUCUCCCUGUCUAUAGUCCUGCUGCUGGCCUGUGGCUUCCUCUACCAGAUCACCCUGAGGUCCUACUGCCUCUUCUCCUGCCUGCCUUCCUCCAAGUUCCAGCAGGGGCUGGAUGCCCUCCUGAGCCAGGGACACAGUAUUGUGUUUCUAGAGACUUCAGAGAGACUGGAGCCACCCCCACUGGUAUCCUGUGCUGUGGAGUCUGCCGCCAAGACUUAUCCUGAGCAGCCUGUGGUCUUCUUCAUGAAAGGGCUCAACCACUCCACACAGCCACCCUCCAACUCCAGUCACCCAGGCUUGUCCCUCCUCUCAGCAAUGGACAAUGUUUUCCUUUCCCCUUUGGAUCUGAACAGGCUGUUUGAAGACACACCCUUGUUUUCAUGGUACACUCACAUCAACAGCAAAGCAGAGAAACACUGGCUCCACGUCAGCUCCGACGCAUCCCGCCUGGCCAUCAUCUGGAAGUACGGCGGCAUCUACAUGGACACCGAUGUCAUCUCCAUCAGACCCAUCCCCGAGGAAAACUUCUUAGCCGCACAGUCUUCUCAAGUCUCUAGUAAUGGGGUAUUUGGGUUCCUACCCCAUCACCCCUUCUUGUGGGAAUGCAUGGAAAAUUUUGUUGAACACUACAACUCACACAUCUGGGGUAACCAAGGUCCCAUUUUGAUAACAAGGAUGUUGAGGCUGUGGUGCAAACUGCGCGACUUCCAAGAGCUCAGUGACCACAGAUGUCAGAACAUGUCUUUCCUACACCCCCACAGAUUUUAUCCCAUUUCCUUUUCACACUGGAAGCGCUACUAUGAAGUUUGGGACACAGAACCAACCUUCAAUAACUCUUACGCUCUGCAUUUGUGGAAUCACAUGAACCAGGGGAAGAAGACUGUAAUUAAAGGAAGUAACACCCUGGUGGAAAAUCUCUAUCGCAAGUACUGCCCUACAACUUACAGGCACCUGGUUCAAGGUCCGAAGGGUUAGUGAUCGGGUCCAGGCAACAGCAAAGCUGACUCUUGGACGCUGCUGUUAGUGAAACUGGAUGCUUCCUGGACUGUCAUACUGUCACUGAUCCCCACUGUCUACAGAGGUUUGGGGUUUAUCCACAUGACAGGAUUAGCUUUCCCUGUCUGUAGAACAACAGCCCAAAUAACAGUGGUUCGGAAGCACAGAAAUUUAUUUCUGUCUUGUAAAAAGAAGUCUGAGGGCAAGCAAUUUGGGGCAGGUAUGGUAACAGCAGGCACACAGGGCCCAGGCUUGUUUCUCCUCGUCAUCCUUCGUGUCCAUAGCCCAGGGCCCGUGUAUGUAUUGCACUGUUCCAUUCCAUCAUAUCUGCAUUUCAGGCAGUAGG